GCUGAUGGUCCCCAGAGCCAACUCCAGGAUCAACCUCGCAUCUAGAGUGUUCUAAUGCAAACAUCAAUCACUGGAACCCACCGUCCGUGUAAGACGAUCCCCGACCUGCAUGGCACUUCAAGCUACGCGAUUACCGCUGGCACUCGCCUUCAACCUACCAUUACCCGGUCAGGCCUCCUCUGACUCAAUGGCAUUGACAAUAUGCAUAGAGACCGCCGUCAUUGGAUGCUGCGAUUUUCCAUGUCACCACCUGACCAGGAAAGACCUGUUUGUCUAUCGGUUUCAAGGCAUCCGCUACUCAUUCAGCCCUCUAGAGAAGUCGACUUACAAAUCGCCUCAUAGCAAUCAUGCCGCUCUAGACGGCCGGUUUCUCUCCGCGUCUUACUUGACCGUCAGCACUUGAGUUGCUCUCUUAUUAAGGAUCUAGAACUCUUUCGCCCGCACUAUAGUCAAAGCGGUGCAAUCUAUCACCAGCCUCCAGGGACCUUAAUGUGAUUUCUACUAACGACGGGAUGACACUUGUGCAAUAAAGCAAUUGACUUGCUCUCU